AGCUCCCCGUUCCCCAGUCUGCGGUGCGAGGAGUUGGGGCUCACAGCGGUGACAGUCGCGGGGCUGCAGCGGGUCGAGGCUCGGUGGUCUCAAGGCUUAGACGUCUCCAGCUGUCACGACAACCCUUUCUUCGACGAGACAAGGCUUUUUCUUUCUCCCCCCCCCGUUCACGCCAGCAUGAAAGCCAUCAGCCCGGUGCGCUCGGUGCGGAGCUGCUACGAAGCCGUUUGCUGUCUGUCGGAGCAGAGCUUGAGCAUCGCCCGGGGGGGCAACAACAAGAGCCCGGCUUUGGAGGAACCCAUGAGCUUGCUGUACGAUAUGAACGAUUGUUAUUCCAAACUGCGGGAGCUGGUGCCGGGCAUCCCGCAAGGCAGCAAAGUGAGCCAAGUAGAGAUCCUCCAGCAUGUCAUCGACUACAUCUUCGACCUCCAGAUCGUUUUGGAGGAGGGGGCCAAGGGUCGUGACCCUUCCUCCGAGGCCACCACUCUCCUCUCCCUUAAGGCGGCCGAGCUCGCCUCCGGACUCUGCUCCAAAGACGAGAGAAGUUUGUGUCACUAACGCCUCCUUCAUCAGCAAACAGGCAGCGAGUGGCGGUUCCUGGUUCGUUAUCAGCCGGAGGUAAAUAGCAGCUUCCUCCGUGGCGCCGGGCUGUCUGCGACCUACCGGCCCCGCCAUCGCCCCCCCGGGCCCGGCCACCGCGGGCGGGGAGCGGCUGGGCCCCCCCUGCAUCCCCCAGCCCCCUCCCCGGAGCGCAACGGCGCGGCUUCAGCAGGACUUUGGACCUGAACUUUCCGAUCCAUCUUGUUCCUUGUCACGAUAGAUGCUGCAGAGGCGGCUGUUCUGUAUAUUUUUGGAUGAUAGUGGCGAAGAUUCCCUUUUGUUUUUUAAAGGUGUUUUGUUGAUGAGGGUGGGGAGGGGGAGGGGAGGAUGUUCUGAAGGGGGUUUUGGGGAAUGGGAGGGGGGAAAAAAAUCAUCCUCGAGUAUGAACCAAACUCUCUGGGGCCACUGGCCUCGUUGUAUUGUGCAGCUCUAUACUAGAGUAUAACGUUUUGUACCUUUUGUGCAGGAAGGUGAGUUUCUGCAGCCUUGUAUUUGCUUUAUAAACUUUUUAUAAAAGUUACCAUUUUUACAUAAUAAAACCACAAAAACCCU